AUGGCUACCCCCCGUGUCCUUACCUUUGAUGCUGAGGGUCGUGCUGUUGACUUUGAGGUCUGGGUCGAUGACCUACAGCUGUUCCUACAGUGCGAUAGGGCAGACGGACUCUCCCUGUUUGAUCUCACCUCUGGUGCCUCUCCUGCCCCGCCUGCUACUGUUGACAGCACUGUUCGCUCACAGUGGGCCACACGCAAUGCUGCUGCCCGUCUUGCUGUGCGUCGCCACUUACCGACCGCUGAGCGUGCGCACUUUAGUCAGUACAAGAGUGCUAAGACCUUGUACGACGCUGUAGUUGUACGCUACUCUUCCCCUGCCACUGCUGCUCUUAGCCGCCUCAUGCUGCCGUACCUGUUCCCUGACCUUGUUGCCUUUCCCACAGUCGCUGACCUCAUUACGCACCUUCGCACUAGUGACACUCGCUACCGCGCUGCGCUUCCUGCUGAGUUCUGUGCCAAGAACCCCCCCCCCAUGUACAUCACCCUCUACUACAUAGUCACCCGGCUCCCUGACUCCCUUCGCUUAGUCAGGGACCACUUCCUCUCAGUUUGCCCCACCACACUCACCGUUGACCUCCUCGAGGAGCGCCUCCUUGCAGCAGAGAAGAGCAUAGUCGCUGUAGGAGCCUCUCGUGGUGACCCUCGUACCCCCGUCUUUGAGGGGUGUUCCCCCUCCCCCCUCUUGCCCUCUGUUGUUUCUGCUGCUGCGGCCGACCUCGUUGGCUUCGAGUCGGUCGGCGCUGCGUCUCCCUCUAGCGGGAGACGCCGCACCGGCAAGGGCAAGGGGGGCAAGGGCGCUGGAGGGGCUGGCGAGGGCGCAGUGGAGGCGAAGGAGGCGGCGGCGGUGGCGGUGGGAGCGGAGGCGGCGGAGGUGGCGGAGGCGGCGGCGGCGGUGGCGGUGGAGCUGGUCGCGGCUCUGCACGGAGGAGUGGCUCCGGUGGUGGUCCGCGCCAGCUGCAGCAGCGCACUCGUGAGACCCCGUCCCCCCAGCAGCUUCGUGAGUGGUACGCUGGGCGUCAGCGAGGUGGGGGUAUUGGUCCCUGUACCUACGUCCUCCGUACCGGCGACCACGCUGGUGAGCAGUGCGGGGGCCCGCACUCCACCCAGCGCUGCUUCGGCCGCCUGA